UUCAAGAAAGUUUUAUACUACAAGCCAACUGAAAUUCUAUUACUUACGGUACCAGCUUUUACUCAGGCAUAAAAACAUCCAAACAAGAACCAAUGAAGAUGGGAGCUAAUCUGCUGCAAUUCAUUUUUACAACUUGAUGAAGAAGCUGCUGCUGCUGCCUUUGAUUACUGCAUAAUAAUAAUAUAAACCCUGUAAUGCCCUGUUUGGUAACAUGGAUUUGAUUUCAAAUCCAAGAUUUGUGCAAAUCUCUUGUUUGGCAAAUUUUAAAAAUUCAGAAUUUGGAUUUGUUCAAUUCCAUCCAAACUUAAACACAAGUCAAAAUAGAAUAAUUUGAAAUGCCAUUCCAAAACAUGUCAUUUGAAAUAAAAAAACUAAACGCACACUCCAGCUCCUCCUUCCCGAUCCACUCUGCUGCUCGCUCCUCUUCUCCCCUGCUUUCACGCUGCUGCUCGCUCCGGCCAUCCUUCCGUCUCCGAAGGUGCAAUUCUCCCUCUCUCCACCUCUCUCUCUCCCUCUCCCUCUCGCUCCCUCUCGCUCCCUUUCUGCCUCUCUCUCUCUCCCUCUCUCUCCCCCUCUCUCUCUCUUCCUAUCGCCCUCUCUGUAUCUCUCUUUCUCCCUGUCUCUCUUGCCAGUAUUGGAUUAUAUUGUUAUCAAUUUGUUGCUUAAUUUGAUAUUUAUAUGUAUAUAUGUGCGUGUAAUUGAUUUCAGUGCUCUGAUUUUUGUAAUUAGGGUUUAACCUUCUGUAUAUAAUCUGUGUGUAUAUGUAUAUUGUCCAGAACUGCUAGAUGGCAGGUGAUUUGAAUUCUAUCACAAAGACCUAAUCUGUUGCCUAUACAGUAGACGAGGUAAAAUCAGGUUUGGGUGUUAUAUAUUGUAAAAAUUUGAAUUAGUUGAGGAGUAAUGAUUCUCAAUUAUAGCCUACUCACUAGGUGCGUGCCUCGAUAUAAUAUUUCGGGUACACAUUUCCGAUUUGUACACAUUUCGCUCAGACUAUCUGCUACUGUAACAUACACUGUAUUCACAUAAAUACGUCCAUCUCUCCAUGUUAUAUAGACCCCUCUCAAUUAUCAUUUCACUGCUAGCUUAAGUGUUUGCGUAAUGGCAAAACGACUAAAGCUUCGCAUCUCCAGAGCAAUUACAUCUUCCUUCCAGUCCUGCCAUUCCAAAGACCCUUCCGUUUCGAAUACAAUCCAAUACUGGCAAAUCUAGAAACAUGAAAGUUGUGCUUUUGGUCAGUUUAAUUAGGAAUUUGAGCUAUAGAACUAGUUACAAUCCAAGGAGUCUCAGUACACGCAAACCUUACCUUUAGUCUCAUAAAUAAAGAGCACUUUGGAAAUAAAUGAAGGAAUAAUAUAGAGAAAUAUAUACUAAUUAAAUGAGCACUAACCCUCUUCCGCAUGAAUUCGAUUUCAGCAAAUAGAAGUUCAUUUUGCAGUUUAUAUAUUCUGAAUCAGUACUUCAACAAGUAAUUCUUAUUAGGAAAUAAUCAGCAUAUUCUAUGAAUGUAUAAGGACCUUUUUGGAGCGGACUCUGCAAAGUCCAUUCUGUAGUUUAGUUUCCAGGCCUUUAAGAUCCUUGGCUGGCAAAGACCCCAGGGCUUCGCCCAUCAGAUGCCUGUAUUAUAUGCAGAUGUUUUGAAUUCUAAAUCUAGAACUGUAUAAUUAGGUCGUUUUGUAACCUUCUUCCUGAAUUUGAAGUUUUUUCUAAGUAUAUAAUUUAGACUUAUAUUAUAAAUAAUAUGUUGAGACCUGUGGUAUUUCUGUUGCGACUUUGUGCUUAAAGAUUUAUGAUUUAAUAAAAAACCUGUGAAAGUGAAUUGAAUAAUUUUUAGAAGUCUGCCUAUGUGUCUGCCUAUGAUUUAUGAUUUCACUGCUCUCAUUUUUGUGAUUAGGGUUUAACUUUGUGUAUAUAAUCUGUGUAGUUGUCAUUUUAAAUUUCUGCUCUCAUUUUAAAAUUUUAAAUUUGUGUAUAUAAUCUGUGAAAACAUGGAAGAAACAACAUAUAUGCAAGAGGUUGAAGAAGAGCUAGAAGCUAUGGAAGCAAUUGAUGUGGAAGAUAAAGAAGAGGAUUUCAUCUCAACUGCUCGAUCUACCAAUGAGUGGACUGAAUUUAGAGAUCAACUUGCCAAAACAAUGUUUGAAGAAUAUCUAGUAGGAGGGACUGGAGUUCUAUGACUUUUAUACAUUUUUUCUAUGUGGUUCUGUGGGUUGUCAUGUUAAAGUGCAGCACGAUUUUCGCUUGCAUUUAUAAUGGAUUCAUUUGAUUGAGAAAUGCCAGCAUUCUUUCUAUUUAUUUACAUACAUACAGCUCAUAAUCUAAAGUGUGAGGGUCUGGUGUACUUGAUCCUAAACACUUGAAUCAGAAUGUUACUGGCCUCUUCUGCUGGGAAGUCAUCAUCUGAUUCAGAAUACUAUUACUUGUCGAAUCUCGAUCAGAAUAUUGCUUCAAUAAUUCAGACAGUGUAUUGUUUUAAGCCUGAUGGUGACAAGAAGAACACAGAAGGUGUUGGACUUGUUAUAAGAGAAUCUGAGAUGGUUUACAAAGCAUUCAACUUCGAUCAAGAGAAGCUAAUGAGGUUAAAGAAGUUGAUCAUGGAAGACGGGACCAUCAAGAACUGCUCCACAUUUGUGGCCCUCACGGCCUUGGUGUGGCGGGCAAGAACUGAAGCUCUUCAGAUGAAACCAGACCAACAACUCAAGCUAUUAUUUGUUGUUGACGGAAGAUCAAGAUUGGUGAAUCCUCCCUUGCCGAAGGGCUAUUUUGGGAACGGGAUUGUGCUAGCGUGUAGUGUGAGUAAUGCCGGAGAUUUGGUGAACAAGCCAUUGUGCUAGCGUGUAGUGUGAGUAAUGCCGGAGAUUUGGUGAACAAGCCAUUGUGCUAGCGUGUAGUGUGAGUAACGCCGGAUUGUGCUAGCAUUUCAGAUAUAAUUUCAGGUUUCUGCAGUAUAGUUAUCAGUGCUUGAUUAGCAUUUUUGUGUUAAGGAAUUUUUGAAUCAUGGAUGCCGCUGAGGUUGAAGAACAUUUAUUUUCACUCGGAGAGCCAAGGUUACAUGGUGAUAUGUGCAAGAUUCUAUCGGCUAUAUAUGGCAAAGUGUUUGCCAUCUUUCCCGAUCUAGAGGCUGCUAGGCCUAGGAGUACGUCGGGCAUACAGGCUUUAUGUUCUCUGCACAUUGCACUUGAGAAGACCAAGAAUGUUCUUCAGCAUUGUGCUGAAUGUAGUAAAUUAUACUUGGCUAUAACUGGGGACUCUGUAGUUCUAAAAUUUGGGAAGGCCAGAUCAGCUCUUGAAGAUAGUCUUAGGCGGGUAGAAGAUAUAGUUCCACAAGCUAUCAGUUGUCAGAUUUUGGAGAUUUUAAGCGAAAUCCAGGGAAUUGACUUCGUAGUUGAUCCAUUGGAGAAGCAGGUGGGGGACGAUAUAAUUGCAUUGCUCCAGCAAGGCAAAAAAUUCAAUAGUGGCUGUAGUGACACUAAUGAGCUGGAAGCAUUUCAUCAAGCCGCUUCUAAACUUGGCAUUACCUCCUCAAGAGCGGCCCUUAGGGAGAGAAGGGCUCUGAAGAAGCUCAUAGAGAGAGCCCGGGUUGAAGAAGACAAACGCAAAGAGUCCAUUGUGGCUUAUCUCUCACAUCUUAUGAGAAAGUAUUCAAAAUUAUUUAGAAGUGAUUUUUCAGACGAUAAUGAUUCACAGGGUUCAACACCCUGUUCCCCUACGAUUCAGGGGUCUUUUGAGGGAUAUGGCGGGCCUGAGAGCAAUGGGCAAGCCUUUGAGCGGCAACUGUCUAAACUCAGUUCUUUCAAUUUUAAUCCAAACUUCAGAAGAUCAGGCCAAAUGGCUGUUCCUCCUGAAGAACUAAGGUGUCCAAUAUCUUUGCAACUCAUGUAUGAUCCAGUCAUUAUUGCUUCAGGACAAACAUAUGAGCGAAUUUGCAUUGAGAAAUGGUUUAGUGAUGGGCACAAUACCUGCCCAAAAAGUCAGCAACACCUCUCUCAUCUUUGUUUGACUCCUAAUUACUGUGUCAAGGGCCUAGUUGCGAGCUGGUGUGAACAAAAUGGAGUUGUUGUCCCAGAUGGUCCCCCAGAGUCCCUUGAUCUCAACUACUGGAGACUGUGUUUGUCAGAGAGCGAAUCUGCAAACUCCAAAGUAUUACAAAGAAUAGGCUCUUGCAAAUUUAGGGGCAUGAAAGUGGUUCCUCUAGAGGAGAGUGAUAUUGCCGAAGUUGCUGAAGGAAAUGAGCAAGAGGAUGUUUCUGCAACUGAGGGUGAGGCUGAAUGUGAAGUUAAUACAUUUGAUAAAUAUGAGGAGUUCCUGACCAUCUUGGACAAUGAAAAAACUUUAAGGAAAAAGUGCAGAGUUGUAGAACAGAUAAGGCUCCUGCUGAGGGAUGAUGAGGAAGCCAGGAUUUGUAUGGGGGCCAAUGGUUUUGUUGAAGCAAUUAUGCAGUUUUUAGAUUCCGCCAUACAAACAGGGAAUGAAAUGGCUCAAGAAAUUGGUGCUAUGGCUCUUUUCAACCUAGCUGUUAACAAUAACAGAAACAAGGAAUUGAUGCUAGAAGCAGGAGUGCUUCCAUUGCUUGGGAAAAUGAUGGCAAGUUCAAGUUCUCUUUCAUCAGCAACUGCUGUUUACCUGAACCUUUCAUGCCAUGAAGAAGCAAAAUCAAUCAUCGGGUCGAGUGAGGCAGUCUCCUUUUUACUAGGAGUCCUGUUAGGAGAAAGUGAUUCACAAUGUAAGAUGGAUGCACUGCAUGCUCUAUAUAAUCUUUCUAGUUUGCCCUCAAAUAUACCUCAUCUUUUAUCAGCUGGCAUCAUCAAUGCUCUACAAGCUUUGAUAAAAGAUUAUAAUGACCAUACAUGGACAGAAAAAUCUGUAGCUCUUUUGCUAAACUUAGCUUCAAGUAAAACAGCAAGAGAUGACAUCAUAUCAGCGCCAGGCCUUAUUAGCGGGCUGUCAGCUAUACUGGAUAUUGGUGAGCCUAUUGAGCAAGAGCAAGCUGUAGCAUGUCUUUUAAAUUUAUGCAGUGGAAAUGACAAGUGUUGUCAAUUGGUCCUUCAAGAAGGGGUGAUUCCUUCACUAGUUUCCAUAUCAGUAAAUGGAACUAUGAGAGGGAAACAGAAGUCUCAGAAACUUUUAAUGCUGUUCCGAGAGCAGAGGCAGCGGGAACAGCCCCCAGUUCAAGUUGAUGAUAUGCCUGAAAGCAGUGAGAUGUCCCUGCAUCUUAAAGAAUCAAAACCUGUAUGCAAGUCAACUUCAGGGAAAAAAUUAAGCAAGAAUUGGAGUUUCUGGAGAAAGAACAAGAGUUUUACGGUGUCCCAAUGUUAAAUCCCUUGUAAUCUUGCAUCUCAAAUUCCCGACAAUUUGUAAAUUUCUGAUACCUCACCUUAUCAGGUUUUCCUCUUGAGAAUAGAUGUAUAGGUUAUGUAAUUUAUGGAUUUUGUCAGGUCUUACCAAUUUGUAGUCUAGGUUUACAUGUUUUUUCAACAUAGUUCAAGUCUUGGAUUACACUUUUAAGCUAGUCUUAUGGCUCUUAGACUUGCAUGUUACUGUAAAUGUUGGGGAUAAAAAUGCAGAUGAGUUUUCACUUCUUUCCC